AUACUCUAUGGGAUAUUUGAUUGGUUACAGUCAGAAAAACUGGAGGAAAAAGCCUCAAAGUAGUUUCCUUACAUUGGACUUAUAUUUAUUUUCCAUAAUUAAUUUGUGUUGGAUUUCAUCAUUUCCAUACCUCCAUCUGAAUUUUUUUAAACUAUUAAAUUGUUUUCCUUAUGAGUGGAGCUUUGGGUCCAGUUCUAAGCAUGAAUAUCUCAACUGUAAUUAAGGCAUGCAGAUCAUUGAAGAAGACAUAAGAUCUGAUGAAUUGUGCACCCGGAGGGAAUAUAUAAGGUGGCUAGUUCAUAUAAGUUUGUUAUUGGAAAGGUAGUAACUUAUUUAUAUACUGGAAUAGCUAGGUCCUCAAGAUUUCAGGCAUUUUGAACUCUUUUUUAAAGAUUAAAAGGCCUUCCUCAGCAAAUUAUUCACAUUGUAGGAAUCUGAAGCACCAGGUUGAUCCAUCUGUAGCCCUCUCCGCAUCAGUAGUUCCAGCAUUUGAUGAUGUGGGUAUUGAAGACCCAGAUUUUAAAUACAUACAAGCCUUAGCAGAGGCAGGUAUCGUUCCCAGCAAGCUCUCAGGGACAAGACCAGCAGAAGUCUAUUUCUUUCCCGACAGAUAAUUUAUGUGCGUGAGUUUCAUCAAUACUUUUAAAUGUCCUUUGGUUUUGACACAGUCAAGAUAUGUGGUGCUGCAGCUUUCUCACUCGACAUGAUCUCAUAAACUGGAAAGCUCUAGUAGAGUAUGAAUUCAAGCCAGGAAUAGUAGAUCAGUCCAGAUAUCUAGGACAAAGGUGGAGUAUAUGGAUGUGAAGAACAUCUGUCCAGAGUCGUCACCAGGACUUUUCAUGGACAUGUUGGCUGGAGAGAGAAGCAUACUCAGAAAAGUUUUUGGACAAAGCAAGCGGCUUCAACCAAAUAAACCUUCAACAAAAGCACAAGCAGCAGUGGCAUUAACAAGCGGUAGGAUUUCAGAAGCAAUUUAUAAUGAAUUAACGAGGCUAGAAUCUGAAAAUGUUUCUAGGCAAGCUGAAAUGGAAGAAAUGAGGUCUGAGUUACUUGACAGAGGAGAGAUACAGAGGUUUUGGCAUGAAAAGCUGAAUGAAGGAAGAAACCAUGGUGUUGAGGUUGAGAAGCAUUAUCUUUCAGCAAUUAAUGAACUAGAACAGGAGAAAACUGUCCAGGAAAAAUAUUUUGCUGACUCAUUGAAGGAGAAGGCAGUGAUGGACUGCCAGAGGCAAUUGCUUUUCAGUCUGAAGGGAGAGAUUAAUGAUUUGUCAGAGAGGCUUGCAUCUGAAAGGAGAAUCUAUGUCACCGAGCAAUGUAAGUUGCAGGAUAUGCUCAGUGAUUUACAAUCCAAGCAAGUGGGAAUGCUUGACACAAAAUCUAUGCUCAAAGCAGAGAUUGAAGCACUUCGAACCCUUAGAUCCUGGGUAGAGGAUGAAGCAAGAAAAAGCCAAGCCCGAGCUAAGGUUCUUGAGGAGUUAGGAAAAAGGUGGAGAUGGGAUGAUCAAGCUUCACUCCCCAGUACCUCAGAAACUGAAAAGUAGAAACAUUAUUCAUCCAUAACAAAUACCAAGAAGGAAAAUCCCAGCGGAAGUAAAUAAUCUUUGAUUGUUUUAUUUUGUUAUCCCAUGGUUAGGAUGGCAUCAGUGCCGCUCUCUGGAUAAUAUAUUUUCAUUGUUGUAUCUUGUGACUUAUACAUUUGUUUAAUUUAUUGAUUGCUCCAUCUUCUUGUGAAGCAAUAAAAAAAAAAAAAAGGG